CCACCAGCCAGCGGCCUUUCUCGCGCCGACGACGACCGACAGCACCACCUGACGCAGGCACAGCGGGGGAUAGUCCGGCAGGAAGGAAUUUUGAAAAGGCAACCAAGGGGUAGUUGGAGAGGUAUACUUUGUCUGUGACAGAGUUUGUGGUGGACUACUCGCCUACCCGUGGCGUGCGUGUACCCGGUCUCCCCUCACCGGUCAUGGCCUCGCCAUCCACCGAGCCUACCAAGACGAACCAAGGUGAGGUCCCUGCCGACCCGCAGCAGCUGCUGUCAGACGAGGCCUCGCCGCCGUGGUAUGUAGUGUCUGCGCUGGGCGCGCCUGAACAUGCCGCCGAGUAUGACGCAUCUUUCCUUAUUCCCCUCCACCACCCGGAUGCCGAGCAGCGGGCGCUCGGCCUCGGUGACGUGCUGGGCGAGCUGGAGGCUUCCAUCCCCGUGCGGGACGAGGAAGACGUGGCCGAGAACGAGGUAACUUCAUGCCUCGCGAGCGGGUAUGUGGCGCGGGUGGCCGAGAUGAGCCGACGCGCGCCCUUUGAAGACGUGCGCGUCGGCGUGGCUGCCUGGCUGGCCUCGCUCCCGCGGCCGCUCAACUCUGUGGAUGCCCAGCUGUGCAUCGGGCCGGCGUCUAUGUUCCUGGCAGGUAUCGAGGCCUUUGCACCUGCGCGGUUCGAGACGGGCUCGGAGAUUGCGGCCAUGUACGGACGCGAGUUCUCGUGCGCCGGGCGGGUGGCGCACUUGUACCAGGUCCUUGCGUGGUUCCCCGACUACGCGGCACGGCACUCUGCGCUCAUGCACGCUGUCACCCGCGAGUCAGGCCCGCUGCCGCAAGACUGGCGGCACUUUAUUGCGCUCAUGGCUGUUGCGCUCCACGACUGUUACCCAGUGCUGGAGGUGCAGGCCGAAGAGUUUGUGGCGUGCGGCGGCGAUCCCGAGUGGCUUGCCCGCGGUCUGGAGGCUGUGCCGACCAAGCUGGCCAAGCUGGCCAAGCUUGUGGGCAUCAUGGUGCGCAAGCCGUGGCGGCUGCGGCGGUUGCAUGUGGCAGAGCUUGUCGAGGGUGACGAAGUCUGGUCCAUUGCCGAGCUUGUCCAUGCCAUCACCCUCAUUGCCUCGUUCCACGGCGUGGCGUCGCUCGUCGCCGGCACUGGUGUGACGUGCGAGCCGGACCUGUGCGUGGGUGGACACGCACAGGCGCCGUGUACCGCCGCCGCCGCCGGCCCGCUGGCCGCCCCGGCCGCCGACGCCCUCGGCGUCGUCCGCCAGAACAUUGUGUCGGACAUGCAGAGUCUGGCCUCUGCCGACGAGCUGCCUGGCGAGCAAGAGGACGCGUUCGCCAAGCUCGACAAGAACACUGGGCGCCUCGCCGACCACACGCCGUUGGUCUCGGAAGCCGCCGCCGUGUUUGUUGAUCCGGCUGUGAGCCAGUCCAAGUACGAAGAUUUUGACGAGCGGGAGAAGGCCUCUCGCGGCGACUCGCACAUGCUCAAGAUGCACGCCUACUCGUGGGCGGCCCAGGGCUACUCGCUCGUCUCGCAGUACUACGCGGAGGCGGCCGACAUGCUCGACGCCACCUUUAACCUCGCCUUUGAAAUGACCGACGAGUCGGUCAACGACGCCCAGGCUGUUGACACAGCGCCAUUCCGCCAGGCCAUCUGGUACUACACCCACCGCCUCUACGGCCUCUACAAUGAUGACCACGACUACCGCGCCUCGUCUGCGCUCCUCAAAAAGGGCACCAAGACGUACAUCAAGAAGGUCGCGCGCUUCCCAGAAAUCGUCACCAUCGCCGACCUCCACCGCAUUGAGAUCGAGCUCCGCGAGGACGAAAAGGUCCACAUCGCCGUUCUUGUCGCUGAGGCACGCAAGCAGGCCGAGCUUCUCCGCGGCCUCAACGCCGUCAUGUCGUACAUGAUGCCCGAUGACGAGUCGGAUGACGACUAGAACUGGGUGCUGAAGGUUAUGGCGAGAGGAAGAAAAGAUAAACGCGUUCCAGCCCA